AUGGGUACCUCCAUAGACAGACCUCCUGCCUCCUUGGGGCGAGAGAGACUGAAGAAGCUAAAAAAGCACAAGCAGCCCCAGCAGCAGCAGCAGCAGCAACAGCAGCAGCCGCAACAGCAGCAGCAGCAACAGCAGCAGCAGAAAAAGCAGAAGAAACAUAAGCAGCACUUAGCGGCAGCAGAAGCAGCAGCCAGUGAGGACGAAGAAGGCUUUGGUUCGAGCUGCAGCACCUCAAGCUACUCAGCAGCAGCAGCAGCAGCAGCAGCAGCAGCAGCAUCAGAUGCAGAUGAUGUGUGCUCUGCUGCAUCCAGCGACUCUUCCGUGUCUGCUGCAGCAGCAGCAGCAGCAACAACAUCAGCAACAGCAGCAUCAGCAGCGAGCGACACAGCAUUAGCAACAUCAUCAUCAGCAGCAGAACCCGAAUCUGAAUCUGAAUCAGCAGCAGCAGCAGCAGGAGCAGCAGCAGCAGCAGCAGCAGACCUGUUUGCUGCUGAUAGCUUCUCUACCUGGAGCUUUAUGCAUAUUCGUCUAAGACGUUCUCUGCUGCAUCACGGGUUUGACAAACCAACCAAAAUUCAGCUUGCUGCUAUUCCUGUCUUGCUGCACGGCCACGACGCUCUUAUACAGUGCCCUACAGGUCUAGGGAAGACGCUUUGUCUGGCUAUUCCGCUGCUGCAGCAAGUGCUGCAGCAAUCGCAGCAGCAGCAGCUGCAGCGACGAGAUGGGACGAGGGGUAUUGUGCUGCUGCCGACUCGCGAGUUAGCGUUGCAAGCUGAAGAAGUAUUUAAAAAGCUCUCGCAGCUGUUCCCUUGGCUGACAGUGUCUGCUAUUGUUGGGGGCGAAAACCGCAAGAAAGAGAAGCGGAGAUUAAGAGAAGGGACGGCGGUUGUUGUCGCUACACCCGGACGCAUGCAAGAUCAUUUAAGCAGCACAGCUUCGUUUAGGCUGUCUCCUCUUGUAUAUCUUUUAAUUGAUGAAGCAGACAGACUGUUAGAUUUAGGUUUUGAAGGUAAGCUCAGGUGUAUAUACACCGCAUGCCUCCAAAAGAUCGCAGAAGAAAAAGAUAUAGAGGCUAUCAAACGCCAAGCGAGAGAAGAGUGGGAUCAGCAGCAGCAGCAGCAGCAGCAGCAGCAGGAAGAAGAAGGAGAAGAAGGAGGAGAAACGCAGCAGCAGAGAACGCAGCAGCAGCAGCAGCAGCAGCAAGAACACACUGACAGCGAUGAUGAGCAGCAACAGCUCCACCACCUGCGCCAGCAGGAGGCUCUCCACAGCAGCAGCAGCAGCAGCAGCAGCAGCAGCAGCAGCAAGGAGGCACCUUUUCAGGUGGCAAUGGCUUCAGCAACUCUGUCUCCUUCGGUUAGGAGACUCGCAAACUUUUGUUUAAAGAAAGACCCUCAGUGGGUGUCUCUGUCUGUUGCUUCUCUUGCUGAAGCACGCAUGGCGGAGGUGCAGCAGCUGCUGCAGCGCAAUCGCAAGCAGCAGCAGCAGCAGCAGCAGCAGCAGCAAGAAGAAGAAGAAGAGGGUGGGGGGAAGCAGCGAGAGCUGCAGCAACAAGAACCACUUACUGACGAGCUAAGAGCAAAGAUAAUCAAGCGGCUGUGCUGCUGCAGCAUGCCUGCUGCUGCUAUUGCUGCUGCAGCUGGGAACGACAGCAGCAGCAGCAGCAGCAGCAGCAGCGGAGGAGAGGAGCCUAAGUUUGCUGUUCCCCCUCAGCUGCAGCAGUUUUAUCUGCUGUGUAAUCCUAGGCUGCGUCUGCUGCCACUGCUGUCUUUCUUACUUGCUGCUGAAGAUAAUAAGAAGAAGCUCGUUGUGUUUGUAUCGUCAUGCUCUCAUGUAGAGUUUUUAUAUCAAUUGCUGCUGCGGCUGCGGUGGCCGUUGCUGCUAGGGCACGACAGGAAGCAGCGACAAAGGCAACUGCAGCAGCAGCAGCUGCUGAAAAAGCUGCAGCUGCAGCAGCACGAGCAGCAGCAGCAACUCCAGCGAGUCGAAGCAGCCAUGAAGCAGCACAAAAAGAACGCCCUGAAGGGUCACUCCCCAGCAGCAGCAGCAGCAGCAGCAGCAGCAGAUGAUGAUGAUGAUGAUAAUAAUAAUAAUAAUAAAGAUGAGUUAGCAGAUGACGACUUAGGUGAAGAGACACCUGGUUGUUGGGGGCCCUUCGUGCUGCAGCAACUCGAAGUCUUUAAACUUCACGGCAAUAUGAAUAGAGACGAUAGAAUUGGAUGUAUGAGCGAAUUUUCAAAGCUCAGCGGCGAGGGAGCGGUUCUCUUAGCCACAGAUGUGGCAGCUAGAGGCCUCAAUCUCCCCGAGGUCGACUGGAUCAUUCAAUUUGAACCCCCGCAACAACUUGAAGAGUAUAUACACCGCAUUGGGAGGACUGCGCGACUGGGGAGAGAGGGGAGGGCUUUAUUGUUUUUGUUGGACUCCGAGAAAGAGUAUGUGGACUACUUAACCUCUCGCGGCUUAAAGCUUCAAGAACUUUCGAGCGACAAACUCUGCGCCUCGCUGCUGCAGCGGGCCCCCCCUAGUGUAGGCUUGACAGAGGGAAGACGCAGCAGCAGCAGCAGCAGCAGCAGCAGCAGCAGCAGCAGCAGCAGCAGCAGCUUGAGCCCGCAGCAGGAGGCUUCGCUGCGGUUUUUGGUGCGGCAGUUCUGUGAAUAUGUCUCUCCGAGACAGAGACUAAUAAAUGCAGCAAGAACAGCUUUUCUCUCCUCCGUCAGGGCGUAUAAGACACACAGCAAAGAACUUCGCAGUAUCUUUGAUGCUAAGAAACUGCCUCUAGGCCGCAUUGCUGCUGCUUUUUGUAUCAAUGAGACCCCCAAAGAGGUGGCAGUGCGCAUGCGCAGCAACCCCCAGCAGCAGCAGCAGCAGCAGCAGCAGCAGAAGCAGCAGCAGCAGCAGCGAAAAAAGAGGAAACGCUCCGAUGAAUUUGAAGUGGAGACACAACAAAGGACAACUGGCAGCAGCAGCAGCAAACGCAACCACCAGCAGCAGCAGCAGCAGCAGCAGCACGCGACCAAGGUAAAACGACAUAGGCAACAGCAGCAGCAGCAGCAGAUCGAGGUAGUGCCCAGUAGUAUUAGCAGCAGCAGCAGCAGCAGCAGCAGCAGUGCAGCAACACGCGCUGUGAAGCUGCUGCAGGCACGUGGCGAGCUGCUGAAAAGCAGCAGCAGCAGCAGCAGCAGCAAGAAGAGCAGCAUGAAGGGAGGAAGAAGACAAAAUUAA